AAUUGAUUUUACUAGUAAACUGGCCAGUCGGAGUAGCGCACUGAAUCAAGAAUCAAUCUUUGUACUGUGUGGCACUUUGUAAAUUGGCAGCGGUUUAGAAGUUGGAGUAAGUGACAUUAGCUGGCUGAUCACUUAGUACCAAAACCUGUUUUUACACGUCUCGUGAAUCGGUGGUGCCAAAUUUUUGAUAACACGAUUAGCAAAGCUGGGGAUGCCUCAUGUAAUCAUUCUGCAGCGAGGUCGUAGGCUCGGGAGGACGGCAUUUCAUUGGUAUUAGCAUUUCGGUAGGAACGGUCGACUGCUGACUGUCAACGAGAAGAAUUUUAGGUCUGUGAUUGGUGCAGACACAGCCACCACACCAAAGACUAUGUAGACACUAGUGACAGUGAAAGCAAGCUUCGGUUCUGUAGCAUGAAAUGCCUCAACCAGCAUAAAAUGGAUCGAUUUUACAAAGAGGCUCAGUCUAACCUGCCCAUGGAUGUGACAGACUCUCCGUCCCCUACUAUUGCGAACAAUAAACUGGAGAAUGGAGUGACCCAGCUCAUCACUGCAGAAGCCUGGAAUAUCAAUCCAACAGGACUCAUGAAAAAAGCACUUUCUCCCUUAGUAGCUGUUCCAGCAUCUUCUAUUAUGACGCCACAAACUGAUCCACCAAAUGGAGUAUCUCUUAAAGUAGCUGCUACUGUACUGCAACCAAUUUGCUUAGGAGAUAGUCCAAUGGUCCUACCCAUCCACUUGCAAGUGGCUGGGAGCUCAGCCCCCCAGAUACCUGCGGGUGGUAACGCACCAUGGGUAAUGACUAAUCAAGGAGCAAUGCCACUGUCUGUGUUACUGGAGCAACACUUGAUUCAGCAUUUAAAUUCUCCUCUGCUGCUGGCUUCACCUACUGCAAGCCCUGUGAACUCUGUCCAGAACCACAUUAUUCAGGGGACAACUGGGCCUUGCAUUCAGUCCCAAACAUUGGGCCAGAAAUCUUUAAGUCAAACACAAGAGUAUGACAUACCCCCUCCUCUCCAGAUCCCUGGAUUUGCUACAGUCCUCCAGGACUUUUUCCCUUCGCACAGCACUGUACCCUCAGUACCAAAUGUCCAACCAGCCCCCGAGAACUUGGCCCCUAGCUUCUCAUCUUCUCCACACCAGAACUGUGGUGGGCUUUUCUCCCCAUUAGUUCCUCCUGCUACGCUUCUCGUCCCUUAUCCAAUAAUAGUUCCUCUUCCAGUCCCAAUACCCAUUCCCAUCCCCAUUCCCAUUCCUGUGGCCAAGGACCCAGAUCCUGCCAGAUUCACGGACAUGCCCGGAAAAGCCAGCAGCUCUGGCACCACAAGCAGGAGCACUCAAACGUCAAAUGAGAAAGAAGAACAAAAAGUCUCAGAGUACAUCCAGCACCAAGGAGUGCAAGACUAUCAACAUGUCAACUAUAAGUUCAACACUGAGACUGAGGCACUGGAUCUAUCUAUGAAGCGAACAUCUGUUGUAAAGAAAAAUGAGUUUUUUUAUCAGCAGAUUGAACAGGAUGGUGUGCUGGAUCUAUCAGUCGCAGGCCCCAAGAAAAUGAAAGAGAGUCAGAACCUUCCAGGUAACGCAUCUUCUAAUCUGUCAGCUAAUUUGUUGAAUGAGCCCCUGACUCGUUCUAGUGAAGUCUGGUCUAACACAGUGCCACUGUUAGGUGCGCAGAAAUUAGAGACGGUGCUACAUGGCACAUCUAAUAGCUGCGAGUUUUCUGGCCAGCCUAAGUGGGUGAUGGAUCAAAACUACAGCAGACUGAGGAAUGACAUGCGAGCUGCCAAUAAUGCUGAAACCCUCAAUAGCACAGAUACUGCGAAAGUAAUUGUGUCUGUAAAGGACGCUGGCCCAGCCAUCCUCUGUGGCAAGAUAAAAACUGUUGUUGGGGUGUCUACGAAAAACUUUUCUUAUAAGACUGAUCUGUCACAGGAAUCUGUUUUACAAUGUUAUGAUGUCAAAUCACAACUUGAGCUCAGAGACAGCAAAAAAAGUAAUAAAAAUAGAGGCAUAAAAUUAAAGAAAAUGAGUUCGCAGGAUUUCCAUGUCCUUCCAAUAAAAAAACAGCGCCUAGCUGCCUUUUUCGCAAGGAAGUAAAGUUUUUGGUUGUUUGAAAGUACUUCUGGAUGUACAGAGAAAGAAAACCCAUAAAAAAACACUGAAACAUGGACAAGAUUGCUGUUAUGAAAUUGAAUCUUGCAGCAAUGACACUUAAUGGAACAUUUACUUUCAGAGUUUUUUUUGGAAUCAUGCUUACAGUUUGCAUUGGAACAAUUCUGAUUAAUUAUCCCUCUACAUCUCUUCGUUCCAACUCCAGGCAAGCUGAAGCAUUCAUAAAACACCCUUGUUGACAAGGUACCUUUCUGACAUAGUAUGAAUAUGAGUUGCAAGAUAUAUUAUUUCUUGUCCUGAAAUGUUUUGUGUUGAAUCCCUGAUUCUGCAGGUGCUAAGUUUGUCCCCUACUUUGGUUUAAAUACUUGUGAGAAACAGCUUAGAUCACUUCAUCGGAAACCUGUUUAACAUCAUAACCUGUUAUCAUGUGCUGGACGUAUUUGGCAAUAAGCACAUUUCAGACCACACAAAUCGAUGAAAAAUUGUUUCUUUGUUUUUCACUUGAGAAUUUUUUUGGUAUGCCAUUUCUUGGAAUCACUUUUUUUCUGUCCAACUACUAAUCUGAAUCCAUUCAGUACAGUAUAAAUGUGGUAUUUAUUUUUAUUACACCAUGUUAAUGAAUUAACUUCACAGAGGCCAGUAUUCCAUCAUCAAUUCAUUCAUUAUUUACACAUGAAGAGUCUUUGACACUGAUCCGACUCCUUUAGAGCCAGCUCUCAGCGAACAGAACCCCUGACACUCCUGUCUAUAUCUGUCAGCCAGGGCUCCCUGAUUGGACCAGGUUAACAGCCCAAUCAGGAACUCCUAUACUAUGAGGUCCAUCUGGCUGAGCUCGUUACAAUCACUGCAGUUACUCGCAUUUAAUCUGAUAUAAAGUAUUUUUAAGGAUGCUUUGUUUUCAAUUAUUUAUUUUUGAAAUUGAUUUAAAAACAAUGAAUUAUUUGUAUAUUCUUGUUGCUACAGCGAUUAGAGUCUUUAACUGUGUUUUUACAAUCCAAGCCCUAACAUAUUGCUACUUUUUAAAAAUUGUUCUUAAAUUCUGAGUCCAUGAUGGUCUGAAGUAAACCUGGAGAAUAACGAGUUUAUGAUAGAUGUAAAGCUGCCACAGAAGUAAAAUAGAUCGGAAGAUAUCACGCUGUUCUAGCUUAAACAUAAGUUUGUCUCCAUGAUUCUGCGCGCUUCACUAAGUGACAUAAUGUCAGCCUGGUAUUGGCCUUAUUUCUCACAGAGUUGCUGUCCAACAUUGACUGAUUUCCAUCAGUUCCAAAAAUGGAACUGAACUGUAAGCUCUUGACACUAUCAUUCAUCAUUGUAUUUGCCUUCCUGUGAAGCCCUCUUUUCUGAGGUUUUGCAGAUUCUGCCAAGAACAGUGACAUUCUAUCAAAGUCCUUUUUUCAUUUCAUCCAACAACAUAAUGUCAGAAGCAUACUUUAGAUUUCCUGUGGGAGUGUUGCAUUCUUGAGGACAACCACAUUGUUUUGUCAAGGUUAGACCAGGUUUGGAUGAAAAUUACACAUUUGUGCAUAUUUGCAUAUACCAGUUUCUGCACUACUUGCAUGAGCGUGGUCUUCAGUUGAGUGAAUGUUUAAUCAUCUGAAUAACUAAUAAGGAGCCCAAGUAAAUUUUCACUAUUCACUGUCAGUAUAAAUUUGUGCUAAUAUGACAGGUAAUAACCCUUUAAUGUGGCUUUGGGACACACUAACUAUUGGUGUCCACCAUUACUACUCAUUAUAGAGAACAGAUAAGUCUUUUCAUUUAAUCCAUAAAACUCUGUGCGUGUGUGUGUAUUUUGAGUGGGAGAGAAUUAGGAUGAAUUUUCUCUCUCGAAUUUGGUGUGUAAGGUCAGAUGCUGCCAAACCUGUUAGAGUUCUGCAGCAAUUCCUGUUUCUCUUUCAGAUACCCAGCAACUGCCAUAUUUUGCUUUGAUUUGCAUAAAUUGAGAAUUGGAUCCACAUGCUCAAAUUGGAAUUUCACACAUGUCAAUAAGAUUAGUAGACUUUCACUGACAUAGUCAAUAUCUCUUUCAAAAUUGAAAUCUGAUCCACAUAGCAAUUUCAGGAAGCCCAGUUAAAUAUAAAGUUUAUAAGAUCAAAGGGUGAAAAUAACUUAUGAAUAGUUUACCAUGGAGGCCAGAAUUUCUUACACUAAUCUAUCGAACUCAAGCUUUGAUAAAUCAUUACAGUUUCACUACCCUACACAAAUCUAUGUGCAUCACUUAUCAAUCAUAUGGCAUUAGAAUUUGCUGUAAAUUUUCAAAUUACAGUUCCAUUUUAAUUGGGCGCAGUUGUUUUGAAAUGAAAGGCAGGUAACUGAAUUGACCACUUGCCUUGAUUAAAAUUAUUGGAGCUUUGAUAUGUACCAACAGUUUAAUGCUACUGUGUUAAUGUACAACAAACACAAUACGAAAUGUUCUCCUCAACAACAAUAAUCAUGCUCAAAUGAUCCUUUGAGUUAGUCUUUUUUUUUGCACUAUCAUGGCAAGGAUGAAACAUAGCUUGAGAAGCAAAUAUCUGAAUAUUGAACAUUUUGCGGUUGUUAAUGCCCAGCUUGCGCUGUCCACUAAUGGAGAGGAUGAAAUUGCAGUGUCACUAACUUUAAAGAAGAAGUCAGCAUGAAUAUUGAGCAGGCAUUAACCAUUUCAAACUUGUUACUUCUUUACUAAAAUUAGCAGAUAUUAGAAUUUCAGCCCCAGUUCUGGCAUUUCAGUUGGCCCUUUAAGUAGCUGUCCUUUUGAUACGAUUUGUUAAUUUCUGUUAAUGAAGUUUGGUGAUCCUUUUAUACAGACAUACAUCAAAGCUGGUCACAUCAAAGAAUCACAGAAUUUUUACAAUGUAUGAGGAAGUCCUACUCAGCCCAAUGUGUUUGCAGCACCUCGCUGGAAGAACAGCAUAACUUAGUACCAUUCUCUCAUUCUUUCACAGUAACCCUGUGCAUUGUUUUUAUUUCAAUAAUUGUCUAAAGCCCUAUUAAAUUCUUUGAUUAGACAUGCUUCUGCCAAACUUUUGAACAAACCAUUCACUGUGAUCAAGUUUUUUCUUAUCACGUUUUCCUCUUCCUCAAAUCAUUCUAAAACUCUACAACGUCCAGGCCCCACAUAAUUUUAAAAACUUCUAUCAAAUCUUGUCUUAGCCUUCUCCUCUCUACCCUCAUAACUGAAGUAUCUCAUCUCUGGAACCAUGCUGGUAGACUUCUUCAGCACUCUCUAAAUGCGUUGUUAUCCCUCCUGAAGUGAGUGUUCAGUUCUGAAGCAUCAGUAACUAAUGUCUCACACAGGUUCAGCUUAAUCUCUUUGCUCUGCUACUCUAUGUCCUUGUUAAUAAAACAUAGGGUAUGUGUCCUUUAUGAACCAUGCUCUCCUGCCACCUUUAGUGAUUUAAUUGUCCAAAGAAGAAAUUGGUCCUUCAGUAAACACCCUGCCAGUACAAUCUUGGAGAAAUUGUCAAGCAAAUUUUUCACAUUUAAUUUUUUAUAAUUGCUACACAAUUGAUCAAUAAUUCCCCAUAACUAUGAAACAUUCCACAUGAAUAUUUGCAUGAUGUGAUGUGCAAGGCAAAAUACAUGCUUCUGCAUCAUAAAUCUUCAAAUCACCACCUAAAAACACCAAUUGUCAAAAUACUCUAAUGCUAAUACUUUGUUAGGAUCUGGAAGUGACUCCCAUUUUCAUUGAGAUAGCAAGAACUGCAGACGCUGGAGUCAGAGGCCACACAGUGGACGUUUCGGGUUGGGACCCUUCUUCAGAAGGUGUCUGAAAAAGGGUCCUGACCUGAAACAUUCACUUUCCUGCCCCUCUGAUGCUGCCUGGCCCGUUGUGUUCCUUCAGCUCCACACUGUGUUCCUAUUUCUCUGUCAGUUUCUUGGUUUUGGUAGACCUCCACUUUGGCCAUGACUGUUUAUUUGGGCUGUAUUCUUUUUUGCACUGCAUCUAUUCCUGUUGUGUCAGACUCCCACACUUCUGCUAUUUGUUCCAUUCUUAUCAAAUUAGUUAUGAUUCAAUCCAUUUCCUGUUCUGUUGUCUUGUUGCUCAGUAGUCUUUCUAUUGCCGCUAUCUGAAUUGGGUGCUAUCUGAUUGUGUGGAGUCUAGCUGUGAACAAAAAGCUCACCAGCUUUGAAGACAUCAGCUGGAAUAACAUUGCUGGCCACAGAUUUUGCGGUCUUCCAUCUGUUUGAUUAUUUAUCUCAGCUAUCCUAUUGCUGUUGACUCACACUGGAUUCUACCAUAGGGCACAUAAAUCCUAGGCUAUUCUCGUGAAUAGCCUGGAGAAUAGAAGCUACCAUUGUGGAACCAUAGUUGGGGAGUUGUUGAAAAUAUUCGUUCUAAACUUGAUGGAUGGCAUUGUCAUCAUUAAGAGAAACACCAUCCCUGUGAGUGAAGCAGAUUUUGACCCUCAUGGUUUCAAAAAGGGCUUUGUGUGAUACGAUGGUUAGUAUAACGGUCUACAUUAGGAUAGAACUUUUCUUUAACUUCUUCAUCAGAGUGAAGGACCAGUACCUAAUGAGGGUGGAAUGUUGGUUACAGCUAAACUGUACGUGGGGUGUCAUGGGUUUUUCAAUCAUAAAGUAAGGGGCUUCUGGCAAUGCAUUCAUCUCCUAGGUGGCAAAAUCCACUCUGUGGGUUUGAGGGCCACUAUCAGCUUUUCCUUUCCAGUUGAAGAUAUCUUUCGAACAUGAGCUUUCUUUCUUCAACCACGACUGAGGUGAGUUUGCUGUAGAUUUUUAAAAUCAUAGUUCCAUUUCAAUUGGGUGUAGUUGUUUUGAAAUGAAAGGCAGGUCACUGAAGUGAGCACUUUACUUCAUUAAAAUUGUUGAUGUUUUGAUAUGUACCAACUGUUUUACACUAUUGUAUUAAAGUUACAUUUGGGUACAGUUACUACAGGGUGUGGCUCCCUAGACAAGAGAAAGUAGGACAGCUUAUUUUUUUGGGAACCUUUUCUCACCCCGCUGCUCACUUGGGGUGAGCAGAGGUUGUCCUGAAGAGCUUGGCUCAGUCACCUCUGCUCCUUGAAGAGACAACUACCCCAACAACAGAUGUCUAACAACCUUCAUGCAUGUGUGGCCUGUGUGUGGAUUCCAGAUUAAGAACUCCCAGAUUCACAGCCUUGUUCACAUUGCCAAUUCUCCAUUGCUAUUAGGACUUGGCAAAUUGACCCUGCCAGAAGUCUGCAAGGUCAUUUAACAUGGGGGAUCUUCAAACAUCAUCACUGCCUCCCACAGGUUAGCUAUCAGAUUUUGGAGAUUUGGUAAACCACAGUGCUGGAACGUCCGUACUCCUUCCCAGCAAGUGAGAAUCGCAGCCUUCCUUCACUUGUUCUGCUGUUGAAGCCCUUCAAACUGCACUUUGUCUGGCACCUCACCCUGAUCUUUCCCUGACCAAGGAUGAUUCCUCCUAGAGCAAAGAGCUCCUGACAGUAUUGCUCAUGGCAUUAUCAGAUUACGCAAGCCUCCCCAUCACAUUACAAUGGCGAUCCAUGGAAAGAGAAUAUGAAAAUAACAUUAUGAAAGGACUGAUCUUGUGGUUCAAAGCCUAAUUUGCAAAACAUGUAUUAGUUUUGCAGAUUGAAAAUAUAGUAUGCCUUAGAUUUAGAGACAGGAUAUUUAAUUUCCAUAAACAUGAUGGGUUAUUAGCCACGGUAAGAAUGAACUUCAUACAAGCCAUUAGCUUAGAUAGCAACCUGCCAUUUAGACCAUCCUUUUUGUGCUACUUUAAGGAUACAAUGCAGAAAUAUCAAGAUCUUCUAAAUAGUUAAAAUCUCGUCUUUAAUUAUCGCAAUUAAAAUCAAAACAGUAUGAAGGUGUGCUACUUUGUUGCUACACUAUAAUGAAGCUUUCUUUACACAUCAUAGACACAACCAAUCCAAUAAAAUACCAUUUUUUGGCAAGCUUUGACCAUUUUUCGUCUUAAUCUCUCUUCAUUACUCUCCAUUUAUUAUAUGUUUUUGUACUUUCACCAUGAAUGUAUAAAGUAACAAAUAAUUGCAGGAAAAGCAGCCAAAUUCACUGCAAUGGGGUAUGUUUGAGAAACGAAAUUACGUCUCUAUUCGGGUACCAUCCUAGAAUUUUUAAAGAUUUCAUUUCUCAUUUGUUUCAAUUCCAUGAUUGAUUUUUUUUCAAGUUACAAUCUACUGCUUGAUGCUUCAGCAAAUUUAUUUUCAUUAUUAUUUAAGUGUUUAUUUGCUAACAGAAGAUUUUUUAAAAAUAAUGGAUUAAAUUUUCUUUUCAGUUCACUAGUGCUUGUUCACUAGUGGUUUCCUUCCUCCAGUGGAUGUGGUUAAGGUUUUAGCCUACACUUCCUUUCUAAACAGCAUUGAACAAUGCUACUAACUAACUCUAAGUAAUAAGAUGCAGAACAUUGAUCUUGCUGAAGCAUAGAAACAUGUGUGCAAUGCUGAAACUGUCAGUGAGUUUAGGUACUUUGAUGUUUUGGUUUAAUGGUGUGAUUUUACUUCAUUUUGAAAGUACUGUAUCUUUGUGACAAGGCAGUAAGGCAAUAAUAUGUCAAAGAAAAAUAAAAAGACACAAAAGGAGAUGCAUUCCUGCUACAUUAUAGCAGAGCUGCAGACGGAAUUUUCAGAGCAGCAGAUGUUCUUCUUCAUUCUUCUGUAUAGAAAACCUUACAGGCAUUGAAGCUACACAGAAGAAUAUCAUUUUAUGACCCAUUGUGUAUUGUGAAUGCUGCACUGAUGACAUGGAUUAAGAAUGUGAAUGCUAGAUACAUUUAUUAAAAAUCUUUCAUUUCAAUAAUGCAUAAAAUUAUACCGUAAAUCAUGAUAUAUUCGGUGAAAUAAAACACUUAGUCAUAUUCA